GCUUCUUGAGAAUAACAACGCUAGAGUAGAGCUCAAUUCCACAUCCUACUAGCUAGAGAGUCGAAAUUUAGGUCGUAGACUGCUCCGUCUCGAGCUAUCAAACAGGUCACCCCUUCAGACUGAAGCUGGUCACGUACGAUACGCAGAUUCCACUGUCGCACCUUGCAGUUCAUUCCAUCCCUUCGAGUCCACAGUAAUUAUUGAUCUCAGAAGCAAUGAAUCUGAACUUGCUACCGCCUCCGCUGUUCGUCUGCCUUGCGAUAUUGUCGGUGUUAGCAACGGCACAGCAGCAGCAACCGUCACCGAACGCCACCGGUUCGACCUUUGACUGUUCCUUCCGCGGCUCCUUGGAUAUCUUCAAUGACGGCCGAUUGCUGGUUCAGCAAAUUACGCACCCAGAGGAAGAAACAGUGACCAUUGAAAUGACGUAUGCUGGACAAGGAUGGAUGGGUUUUGGCUUUUCGGAGCGCGGUGAAAUGCUGAACAACAUUGCCGUUCUGGGCGAACCAGGCGUAGAUUCCACUACAGAGGUACCCAACCCAUCCAAAUGGUUCCUGGGUGGAUUUGCACUUUCACAGGUUUCGCGUGUGGCCACGUUGCAGCAAACGUUGACGGAAUCGAGUAUUGUACAGAACGAUACCCACACUGUGCUCCAUUUUACCAAGCCGUUGGUGGAACCCAAUGAGCGAGAUGUCCUUACCAAUGGCGCACCCAACACGGUUAUUUUUUCCGUCGGUGCGACCAACCAAAUUUUGGGUCCGCACAUGCUGCAAGGCGCCUUUACGCUCGAGCUGACACCUUGUCGGAACGUAAACGAAGAUCCAGACGAGGAAGCGCCGCUUGGAAAUACCGGCGUGGACUUGUUCAAUACAGAAGUGGCCAAGAAGAGUUUGUUGCAAGCGCACGGAUGGCUAAUGGCCACGGCCUGGGGUGUGCUGGUACCCAUCGGUGUCGGUGCCAGUCUCCUGCGAUCCUGGUUGCCGGAUGGACUCUGGUUUCGUCUGCAUCAAGGUUUCAAUACGUUGGCCAUUUUGUGUGUGAUUGCUGGUUUCGGACUUGCGGUGCGCAGUGUCAGCAACCAGAAUGAGUCCCAUUUUGUGAACGAAACACACACGUUGGUGGGUUUGUUGGUGUUUUUGUUGGCCAUUUUGCAGCUCGCGGGUGGCGUCUUUCGACCGGCCGCACCGAAAGCAAAUGAGAGUGAGCUAGUAGCUCUCGACGCCGAUGACACCGCCACCAACGAGGAAACGAAAGCGACAAAUCUACCGAUAAAAAAAAGCAGCUUCCGAAUGCUUUGGGAAUACAAGCACCGAGUCGUAGGCGUUGUGACCUUGCUUCUGGCGUGGCUGACAUGUCAGACUGGAUUGGAGUUGUAUGCUGAAAUUUUUGGCGUAGAGGAGUCGACCACAGCCUUUUGGAGCGUCACAGGAGGAUUGGCAGGUGUCAUAGUGGUGCUGACAAUUUUUGCGAAGCUUCGAGGAUAG